CCCUCCAUCAGUCCGUCCGACUCGCCGUUUGACCAUCCACGAGGCAAGACAAGCAAGCCUGACAAGCCUGACAAGUUCGCCGCCAGCUGAACCGAGCGGGUCUCCUCCUCGAUUGAUCGUCGCCCAUCAAUUCGAUCUGGCAUCGACUUCGAGUGAACAACCACUGCACUGCACUGCACUAUACUGUACCGUACCGUACUGUACCGUACAGCUGCCCGUACCGUGUCGCCGCCCGCCUGCGUGCCCCCAUCGCGCAGCAAUCAAUCGACAGUGUGCAGGGAGUCUGUCCUUGUCGCCCUGGUCGCCCGCACAUCCUCCACCCACCCAUCCACCCCAUCCACCCAACUGCUGCAAACUGCCAACUGCCCAGAACGGCCAUUCCCACGACGGCCUGUUUCAAGUCGACUCAACACCCCAAAUCUGCGCCCCUCGAAACGUCCACUUCUCACCUCAGACAGCGUCCAUUUCGUCUUUCGCAUCACGACUGCACGAUACCAGAGAGCCAUUCACUUGGUCUGCCCAUCGCCACCCUCGCCACGGCGACCCUCGCGCACGCAAGCACUCAGCAGCCAGUCUAUCGGCUGCCAACCCCCCGCCCCUCCUCUAUCCCUCACCGGCACGCACUGGAGACGGCUCCACACCUGAGACGGAGGGACGGAUCCUGGGUUCAUUGAUGGGCCCUUGAAAGAGACGCAACCCAGAGAGGACAGGAACAAUACAUUCUCGCUUUCACCACUCCACGCCGGCCCCAUAUCGGGCCCCUUCCCAUCCUCUCGCCACUUUCGGUCGGGCAUUCGCAUUCACCUGCCUGCCUGCUCCUGCCUCCUGUCGCCGUCGCCGUCGCCGUCGCUGCAUCACUCUCGACCGGCCACCAGCGCAUCGACCACACGGAGCAUUGUCCGAAGCCACCCCCAGUCCCCCCAGGCACCACCGAUUCCGAGGCUCCAGACAGCCAGUCACUCAGUCACAUCUUUGUCUGGUCUGGCCUCGGUCAAGGUCAUUUUUCACAAACUCGCCCGGCCUCGCCUACGGCCCGCCAACUGAGUCAGCUUGGACCCCGCGUCCUGCUAGCCAUCGCUCGCGCGCGCGGAUUCCUCUCCUGUCUGUCCGUCUGCCCGUCCGUCUGUUGUCUGUCUACAUUCUUCGACUGCAUCCCUUUUCUUCGUCACCAAAACCACCGCCUUCUGGCCCCUCACUCCUGCUGGACCCGACACAAAACCCAGCUCACUCAUCAGCGGACCCCUCCCCCCCCUUCAUCCCCCUCGACCCUUCGCUUGCGGGCUUCGCUGUCCCAAGCCCCAGGCCCAGGAGCCCAACCCCCCCAGGUCGACUACACCACACACGCAAUCAAGUUCAUGGAGUAGGUUGUAAUGGCAUCACAUGCUCCUCUACUAAGAACCAGUACGGCUCCCGUCUUCCAACACUCGACUGACGGCGUAGCGAGAUUAGCCAAAAUGAGUAUGAGCAGCGCGCCACGGGCGAGCCAGCUUUCAGGCUCGACCGUCUAUCCUUCAACUGCGAGCCUUAGCUCGCUGGCAACUGCGAGCACCAUCGCCCAGCCGCCCAUCAGCGGCCAGGUCGUAGCUACCACAAACAUCAUCAACCAGAAAGCAGACGCCUCGCGCUCGCUUUACCAGAUAUGUGUCGCCAUAAAGAAUCGCCUGGCCCUCGCUCCCGGCUUCGAUGAAUACAUGGCUCAGCUCGAGGAGAGGGAACAGGAAGGUGGGGAUGCUGGCGGACCCGUCGAAGGUCUCUGGGGCCUGCUUAGGACAGGUCUCCCCCUCCUGGCCAUUUACAAUGCCACCGAUCCCGACGAGCCUCUUGUCGUGAAUGUGCCGAGUGCGACCGACGCGAAGAAGGGGAAGCUUGCGAUCGCCAAGUUUGUGCAGGGAUGCUCAAAGGAGCUGAAGAUACCACCCCAGGAGAUGUUCAUUGUCGCCGAUUUGCUGGGCACUGAUACCUCGGGAUUCAGCAAGGUUUUGACUGUCAUCAACAUGGUCCUCGACAUCGCACAGCAGAGAGGCCUCCUGAGGCAACCACAAGCCCCGUACGGCGAUAUCGAAGCGUCGCCCGCGGCGGGCGUUCCGAAAAUGACCUACCGUGACCACAUUAUCCGCGAGCUUGUCGAUACCGAGCGCAAAUAUGUGCAGGACUUGGAAAACUUGCACGAUUUGAAGAAGGCACUUGAGCAGAAGGGCGCCAUCAGUGGUGACGUUGCCCACUCGAUUUUCCUGAACAUCAACUCCAUUCUCGACUUCCAGCGCCGAUUCCUGAUCCGCGUCGAGACGACCAACUCUAUGCCCGAGCUUCGGCAAGAAUGGGGUAGCCCGUUCAUGGCCUACGAAGAUUCAUUUAAUGCUACGUACCAGCCUUUUAUCGCCAACCAGAGGAAAGCAGCUCAAAUAGCGAGCCAGGUUUUUGACAAGAUCCAAACCAUCCAACACCCCGUGGCAUGUGAUUAUAAUACCCUGGAUGGUUUUCUGCUUAAACCCAUGCAGCGACUUGUGAAGUACCCACUGCUGCUAAAGGAUUUGAUGAAGAAGAGCGAAGACGAGACCAUCAAACAGGACCUGGCGGCAGGUAUCGAUGCUGCUGAACGUGUCCUGAAGAAAGCAAACGAGGCCGUCGAUCGAGACCUACUAGACGAAGCACUGGAGGAACUGGUUGGCCGCGUCGACGACUGGAAGAACCACCGGGUGGAGCACUUCGGAAAGCUCCUGCUCCAUGGCGUGUACACUGUCAUCACGGGCAAGACUGAACAGGAGAAGGACUAUGAGAUCUACCUUUUCGAGUGCAUAUUACUGUGCUGCAAGGAAAUCACGCCAAACAAGAGCAAGGACAAGAAGGACAAGACGCGGUCAACGCAGCCGAAGAUGCGAAACAAGAACAACAAGCUGCAGCUCAAGGGACGUAUAUUCAUGACGAACGUCACAGAAGUGUUGAGUUUCUCAAAGCCUGGAUCGUAUACUGUGCAGAUCUGGUGGAAGGGCGACCCCGGCGUGGAAAACUUCGUCAUCAAGUUCGCGAACGAGGAGAUGAUGAAGAAGUGGGCUACUGGCCUCGACAAGCAACGGAAGGAUAAUGCCCCUCAGAGCGCGACCAGUCCGGACCAGUCGACGGCGAACUUCAGGUGGAUGGAGGCACAAGGAGGAGACUUGGUGAAUCCCUACGCGGAACACGAUGAGGACGAUGACGACUUCGCACCCCCGUCGGCGUCAUCCUAUAACCCCAUGCAGGGAACCAUGCCGAGGACUGCUUCCAGCACGAGCCUUCGGCAACGGUCAGGAACACAGGAGAGCACCAUGUCUCUGGCUGGCUUGGUGCGCCGUCAGCCCCCGCCCAGCUUCCCCAUGCCACAACCACCAACGGCCCUCUCGCUGCAAACCGGAGCGCAGCAGCAUUCCCCUGGCCCACGUGGGGGAGAGUCUUACUUUUCCCCGGUUGCCGAUUCACCCGCCUCCUCGAGGACGAGUACCACAUCGAGCUUCUUUGGUCCGAGUUCCAGCUACAUACUGCCCAAGAAUGGAGCCCCGCAGCCCGGAUGGUCCGAAGACAAUAACCGAUAUACAGCCCCAGCUAUGCCUCGAGCCCCUUCCCGCGACGGACCCUCCCCGGCGAACGCCUACGGAAUGGUGAACGGCCGCAACCCCCGAGGACCUUCCCUGCCAGCCAUGGCAAGGGAGCCAUCGCAGUCCAACGCCGCGCAACAAAGAAGUAGGUCCUAUUCAACUCCUGAUAUCAAUGGCCAGCCACAACCACCGGUGAGGAGGACCGAGAGAGGAGGCAGCCAAGGCGUCCCGGCCGUGCCUGGCAUCCCCGCGCAUCUGCAUCCAGCCCAUGACGGCAACAUCCCGAGGAGCAAUACGGGCAGCCCUAGGCAAGAGCUUCCGAUUCGGGCUAACACCCAGAGUCCAGGCGUCCAGAGGGAUCGCCUGCAGCAGCAGUAUGGCGGGGGAGGCCAAAUGGCCCAGUUCCCAGCCCAGCCUGUUCACCUGACCCCAGGACUAAACACCGCCGGUGCCCCUCCCACCUCGAACCCCUUGGCCAGCCCCAACCCGAAUGACGCGCCCUUCCAGUCGCAGCUCAAGGUCAAGGUCAACUGCGAUACCGGAAACUACGUCACCCUCGUGGCCGCCUUCAACAUCACGUAUCAGAGCCUGACCGACCGCAUCGAUGCCAAGCUCUCGCGGUUCACCAACUCCAGCAUUGGUAAGGGAAAUCUGAGGUUGCGAUACCGCGACGAGGACGGCGACUUCGUCAACAUCGAGAGUGACGAGGACAUCCAAAUCGCCUUCUCCGACUGGCGCGAGAACAUCCGCAGCAUGUACAGUGGUGGUAUGGGAGAGAUAGAGCUCUUCUGCGUGGGUGACAUGGCUUAGAAUAACCAUCCCACGGCCAUUGAAUCCUCACCACAUACUCCGCCUUCCUGUAGAUCGUCCUACGGCACCGGCAGAAGAAGCUGGUGGGAGUCUGACACCUAUAGGUCCUCUUUCACCACGGCUUCCCACCGCAGCACGCCAUGGUGGGAGGGCACGCCUGAAGCGGACGAACAAGUACCAGGAGACCUCGAUGAGCCCGCGGCGGAACCGCGCAUUGCCGCAGCGGAAUCCCAUCACGGGUAUCUGACCCUUUUCCCACCAUCAACAACCGGGUGCACGUCGCCCAGAACCCGCAGAACUGGCCAUCUCCGGGAUAUGAAGCUCACCUUAUCUUUACCCUAUAAUUUUUUCUUACGGCAUUUCACUGGCGCACGGGAAUCGGGAUGUUCAACAUGACCACAUCGAUACCAAAAACACAGACCAACGAAGACUGGCGACUCAGGCUCUCAUAACCAUCCCAGUCAGACGGAUCGCACAAAUAGAGACAGCGUACAGGUCCAACCUUUCCUCGAGUCGAGCCACUGGCAUCCAAGACAUUCGCAUCGCCAUCUUCCUAGCACAACUGCAUUGGGAAUCGCUCGAGUCUGCAAGCGAUCUUAUACCACCGCCAGCGUUGGCCGCACAGCGUUUGAUCUUCUUCACUGAGUCUUUUUAUAACAGUGACUGGGUUGCUUUCAGCAUACAACGACUUUCCGUUUGUUUUUCAUGAUGGAUGACGGAUGCUUUUCCCCUGGUUCUUUUCUUUCUUCUCUUGGAUGAGAUAUCUAUCUUGAUACCACACACUCCUUUAUACCCCAUAUACCAGCUCUCCUCGGGAGAUUCCCCGACAAACCGUUCUUUUCAUGACUAUAGAUACCUUUUUUCUUUUUCUUCGUGGACCUUCAAUGUUGAUUCUUCUGCUGCAUGACAACCCGAGCUGAUAAGGGUCAGCGGAGCUACUGGGUGGGGAGGCACCUUCAGUGGUGGAGGAGGUAUUUGAUGGCGGACGUGAAGGGCUGAAGCCGACCGGGGCAGGUAGUAGGACUGCUGUGGAAGCGAGUGGUGGCGGCGAAGCGACUUGUUUCGACAUUUCGGCUUGACCAGAUCAAAUUGGAAGAGAGAGGGACUCGGAAGGGUAAAACGCACAUCAUCACCCAAAUCAAUGAUACCAAGCACGCCGAGGGCGUGCAGAUUUUGCAUUUAUUCACUGUUUCCCCCCCUCCCUCUUGCUUCAAUCAUCAAUCAAUCGUGUUGUGCUUGCAAUUCCAGGUGUCUACUGCAGAUUUUUUUUUUUUGGGGGGGGGGGGGGACUUGUGUGGACGCGGGGGCCGGGGCUGAUUUGGGUUGAUAUCAUUCUCACAUAAUAAGCAUUGCUAUUUUUUUUCUGUCAUCUUUUGCUGGGACCUCAUAUAUUCUUAUACUUCUUGGCUUCAUGUUUGUUUCGAGACAAGGGGUUAAGGAAGGGGAAAGGAAGGGAAAGGAAAGGAAAGACAUGGGACUAUGGCGCUAGUGUAAAACGGUGUGACGUAAUUAUAAGUAUUUGUCCUGA